AACGCUGCAUGGUGGCCAUCAAAGUCAACCUGUUUACUAAAGCUCUUAAUCUUGGGAAAAAUGGUGAUAAUUCACGUGAAGCACAAGGACCAAAGCCAAUUCUUGCUGGAAGCACCCUUAUCUCUCCCCAUUGAAGAUCUGGUGAAGCAAAUGGUGACCAUUUAUAACGGACGCUUGAAGAUCGACAGACUGUGCAUGGAAAUCGAAGAACUGGCCCAGCAUGGAACGCUUCUUCCUCCAGAAAUCCUGGGCUUAACUGAAGAACAAGUCGAAGAGCUGAAGCUGAAAGACGAUUGGGGCGACAGCUGCAUUCCAAGUGGCGGGUUCAGCGUCAACAAAGACCCAAUCGGGCGACGGAACGGCAAGCAGCCCAAAGAAGAAAUGCAGCACGUGUUGCGCAACGCCAUUAAAGAAGCAAAGGAGUUGAUCAGCAAAAACCUGGUUAUUCAAGGCAAAUGCUUGACGAAGAAAGUGGUUCAAGAGGCUGUAAACACGCUGAAAGGCGCCGUGAUGAUUGUCUACCCGAUGAAGUUGCCUCCUCACGACAUCAUUCGAAUGGAGUUUGAAAACAUUGAGGACCUGAGUGGAACUCAGGCCUCUUUAGAGGUAAUCGACCCAAUGACGGCGCAGAUGUGGUUUUGCGGCAAGGAAAUGUAUCGGGGAGAAGGAGGCAAGUUGGGCGACUAUGUGGGGAAGAUUGAGAAUUGCAAGGUGAUAAUCAAACUAUCCAAGCGAGGAGAGGGCGCCCCAGGGCGCGAGCCCAUCAUGUCUGAGGAGCAGAGGAAGCAACUGAUGUUGCACGCUUAUCGGCGCCAGGAAGAACUGAAGAAACUGAGCGCGGAUGAUGAGGAUGACUAUUUGAAUUCCGAAUGGGCGGACAGCAGCAACCUGAAGAAAAGCUUUCAUGGGCUGCAUAACAUCUCCUGGAGAGCCUCGGGCAAAUAAUGCAUAGCUGUGUUGUUGAUUUAGUGAAGUGUGUUUAUCGUACUCGAUCGAGUCCAAGGUGUUUUUUUUUUCAUUGUAAGUGCUUGGUUUUUGCACAUUUUAUCAUGUUUUCAAGGUUUGUUUGGUUUUCGAUUCUGUUGCCGAGCAUUCUCCCUAAUUACCGUUCAAUUCCAUUCUUUAACUGCACAACUCUAAUAUGUAUAAUAUAAAAAAUAGUAAUUGUGACCGGCCUUUUUCAAAUAAAAGUUGUGCAGAGUGGGAAAAGCUGCAA